UUUCACGUUUGUUUUCUACGCAAUCCAGCGAAAGCGUAUGAAACGUGUAAACAGUGUAAAAUACUCGAAAAGAACUGGCAAUAAAACUUUGGUGACACAAAAUGACGACGUGUGAGCUUUGCGACAAGGAAAUCGCCCCUUACAAAUGCCCAACGUGCAGGAUACGAUACUGCUCCGCCAAUUGCUUCAAGAUGCAUAAAUCGGUGCCUUGCACCUCGCAGACUUCUGAGCCUGAUGAAAUUAAACCAGAAAAAAUUGAACCCCUCUACAGGUUUCCCACGGAAGACACAGUUUCUGUAGAGAAACUCGCCGCGUUACGUCAAUGUACAGAGCUGAAAAACUGUCUUAACAAUCCUCAUGUACGCACAAUCGUGAAGGGAAUUCUAGACGCUGAUGAUCCAACAGAGGCUGUCGCCCAGGCUAUGAUAGAACCGAUAUUUGUCGAACUUGCAGACGCCUGUCUUCGCGUCGUAGAGCCGCAGGACGAGGUUCCGUUCCCUACUUCUUAAUUGCCUUUACUUAGGGAUUACUAAUUUCUCUCCUUUUUUCUCUUCCAAUGAACUACCUGAUAAUUGAGCCGAUAAUUUUCGCUCGGCUGUAAAUGAUUGUACAAAUAUUUAUUUUUUACGAUGACAAGUUUUCAAAUCGAUAAAGAAAAAUUGAAUCGUGGCCAAAAGGCUUGGUGCGAAAUAGGUCAUUGAAACGGUGUGUCGUCAAACUCGAAAAAUUCAAGGCUUUGAAUUGAUAUUGUCAUAUACCGCGUUUCACACGUGUUUAGUUUCUGCUCUUGUUUGGACGGUAACAAAGACGUUACAUUUCUUUUUGUAAGAAUAUUCAGACUGAUAAAGGUUUCUGAAACCUCAUUGUUUGAAUUUUCUUUGGCUGGGGGGUAAAAAAAGGUUUGACACAAAAGUACAUGUAUUGUCAGAACAAUAAAAAUUGCAAAUUUUUUCUUA